AUGGUCGCAGAGAAGGACCACAAAGGCCAGGAAGGCCGUUCUUGGCUCCGAAAUAAGCAGAAUCGCAACUCGCAGACUGACUCGGAAGACUCGCUCAAGAAACGACCGGCCAAAUGGAGCCUGGGUAUCCUCAAUGACACAGAGACGGACGAGGUUCCUGGUGAGUCCUCUGACUACCCUAUUGCCCUAUCUACGUACUGUUACUGA